GUUAAAUUUCCCACAUUUUCUUUUCAUAAAUAUUACUCUGAUCUAUACAUUGUAAUUCAAAUUACAUCUCAGCAAACAUGGGUACUUUUCCAUUAAUAUUUGCAUUUUUAGCACUUGGGGGAACUUGCGUGAACGCAAAGUUUUUUAAGUUCGAGAAAUGCCAGAAAAAUGAUGGGCUGGUUACAGUCUCUGAGUUUACAAUUAAACCAGAUCCAAUUGAUUUGAAGAAAAAUGUGACGAUCACGCUGCAUAUGAACUUGAAGUCGCCUUUGCCAGAAAAAACCAAACUGAGGACAACAUAUUAUAAAAUAACUAAUCUCUUUGGUGUAAACUUUGAUGUAAGAGUACCAUGUCUGCUGGGAAAAUUUGGAUCAUGUACUAAAUCUUUCUGCAAGUAUCUCGAAGAUUUUAAGGAACAAGGCGAGCCACUUUUUCCAAAAGAUGUUCCAUAUGGUUGUCCCAUGAAACCUGGAACGUUCGGCGGAGAUAAUAUUGAAAUACCAAUUCCAGAUAUGGGCACGAUCGCACGUUUUAUUGUAGGGGGAAAAUACAGAACGGAACUUCAAUUGGUUGUGGAAGGCAAAGUAACCGACUGUUUUAAAUUUUGGACAGAAAUGCAUUGAACAAGAUUUUAAUGAAUAUUUACAAAUGAACUCUACAUGCUAAAACACAAAGAAUAAA